AUGAGGCGGGAUCAGGGGAUUAGCAAGUGUUUCCAGCAGGUGGACUCUGCUCGCUCGCCUGGGAGAAAGUGCGUCAGAUUUGAGAGUGCAUCCCUUGCUUCGUCCCUGGAUACGCAGAAUGUUGGGGCUCGGCGUGCAUUCCUCCCUGCUCUAGCGGCUUCCAUAGCUUUCCACCUGAGAAAGGACCCGACUGGAGUGCCAAAGAUACUGUCACCCCUCCUAGCAGUCUCCAGCUGUAGCUCUCCUCUCAGCAUCAGCACCAUGGAGUUCGCGAUGGUCGGCGCGGACAGCCACCUGCCAUGCGGCUACGCACAGGCGCGUGCACGGGAGAGAGAGCGCGAGCGGCACUCGCGCACGGCGGCACAGGUUGCGGCUUCUGAAAGCGGCGAAGGAUCCGCCGCCUCCGCCCCCCACAACAACCGCCCACAGCGCGCCGCCUCGGAGUCUCACAAGGCGACGAGGAGGAGGCAGCGAGGCACCGGGGGCUGGAGACUGGGAGGGGGGGACCUGCACCACUCUGAGCUCGCUCUGCUUGGGUCCGAGGAGGACAUGAUCCAAGAGGAGGAGGGAGAGGAGGAGGAGGAGGAGGGGGGGGAGGAGGAGGGGGAGGACCGUGAACACGAGGAGGAGCGCAAGCACAACACAAGACUCCGCAGCUACGUGUGCAACAUGGAGGAGGAGGAGGACAGCGCGUCGGACCGGAGACCGCAGUCCGGCUACGAGAGCGUGUACGGGGACUGCGCCUGCUGCUGCGAGCGCGUGGUCAUCAACGUGUCCGGGCUGCGCUUCGAGACGCAGCUCAAAACUCUCGCACAGUUCCCCGACACGCUGCUGGGGGACCCGGACAAGCGCAGCCGCUACUUUGACCCUCUGCGUAACGAGUACUUCUUCGACCGGAACAGACCCAGCUUCGACGCCAUCCUCUACUACUACCAGUCUGGCGGGCGCUUGAAACGACCGGUGAACGUGCCCUUUGACAUCUUCUCCGAGGAGGUGAAAUUCUACGAGCUGGGGGACGAGGCCAUCCUCAAGUUCCGUGAGGACGAGGGCUUCGUGAAGGAGGAGGAGAAGCCGCUGCCAGAGGACGAGUUCAAGCGGCAGGUCUGGCUUCUGUUCGAGUAUCCGGAGAGCUCCAGUCCCGCGCGGGGGAUCGCAGUCGUGUCGGUGCUGGUCAUCGUCAUCUCCAUUGUCAUUUUCUGCCUCGAGACGCUCCCGGAGUUCAGGGACGAGAAGGAGUACUUACAACCGCGCACGAACUCAUCCGAACCCGACUCUGGCUUCACCCCAUUCAAUGACCCCUUCUUCAUCGUGGAGACGGUCUGCAUCAUCUGGUUCUCCUUUGAGAUCACCGUGCGCUUCUUCGCGUGCCCCAGCAAACCCGUGUUCUUUAAAAACAUCAUGAACUCUAUAGAUAUAGUCUCCAUUCUGCCUUAUUUCAUCACACUGGGCACGGAUCUAGCACAACACCAAGGGAAUGGGCAACAGGCCAUGAGUUUCGCCAUCCUUAGAAUAAUCAGACUUGUGAGAGUGUUCAGGAUUUUCAAGCUCUCGCGUCACUCCAAAGGCUUGCAGAUACUUGGACACACGUUACGCGCGAGCAUGCGAGAACUGGCGCUGCUCAUUUUCUUCCUGGUCAUUGGAGUUAUCCUUUUCUCCAGCGCGGUCUAUUUCGCAGAAGCGGACGAGCCCACGUCGCAGUUUACAAGCAUCCCGGACGCGUUCUGGUGGGCUGUGGUGACAAUGACAACUGUGGGGUACGGGGACAUGAAGCCCAUCACUGUAGGCGGAAAAAUAGUGGGGUCUCUGUGCGCAAUCGCGGGAGUCCUGACCAUAGCGUUGCCAGUCCCAGUCAUCGUCUCCAACUUUAACUACUUUUAUCACCGCGAGACUGACAAUGAGGACCAAGCUCCCGCGGUAGAGAGUAUGCCCCCAGCUUGCCCCUAUUUCCCAGAUUUCUUGCGCAAGUUUAAGGGCUCUCCCUCGGGCUCGUCUUUAGGGGACAAAGCGGAGUAUAUGGAGAUGGAGGAGGGGGUGACAGAGUCGCUGUGCGGGCUGGAUAAGAGCCCAAGCAAAGGCAACGGAACGGAUAUCAGCAGGAAAAACAGCACCAUCUCUAAAUCUAUUCAAACUGACAGGCAGCAGGGAAGAAGGAGGAGCAGCAUAAAGGACUGCGCGCUGUUUGUGGGACAGUCCGAGCGCCCUCUACACCCCACACCCGCUGGACCCCCUCCCCUCCACGGUGUGCGACUCUUCACCCCCAGAGGAGCGACGGAGGAGGAUGUCUUCCAAGGUAGGCACGCAGGCAUCUCAGCUUAA